CCAAAAGUGCUCUCUCCAAGGACACCCUUCGCUUCAGUCCUGCCACCCUGUUACCACCUACUCUGCGGGUUGCCUCCGCCUCUCUAAUUUUAUUCCAAUCUAUCAUAUACAACUCCUUCCAGUAUGCGGCCGCAGCUGCAUCGUGCGGCCGCCCGGCUCACCCGGGUUCCAAAGGUCAACUCUCUUAGGACUUUCGCAACGACGUUUCCUCGCUCUGCCGAAGUGGAACUCACCAUUGAUGGAAAAAAGGUCUCAGUCGAAGCCGGCUCGGCUCUUAUUCAAGCCUGUGAAAAGGCAGGCGCGACAGUCCCAAGAUAUUGUUACCAUGAGAAGCUUUUGAUUGCAGGUAACUGCCGCAUGUGCCUCGUUGAAGUCGAGCGAGCACCCAAGCCUGUGGCAUCAUGUGCUUGGCCAGUGCAGCCUGGGAUGAACGUCAAAACGAACUCGCCACUGGUGCAUAAAGCUAGAGAAGGUGUUAUGGAGUUUUUGCUUGCCAAUCAUCCCCUGGAUUGUCCUAUUUGUGAUCAAGGUGGAGAGUGUGACCUUCAGGACCAAUCCAUGCGGUAUGGUGCUGACCGUGGACGUUUCCAUGAGGUUGGAGGCAAGCGUGCUGUCGAAGACAAGAAUAUUGGCCCUCUUGUGAAAACCUCCAUGAACCGGUGCAUUCACUGUACACGCUGCGUCCGAUUUAUGAAUGAUGUCGCUGGGGCCCCCGAACUCGGAACCACAGGCAGAGGAAACGACAUGCAAAUCGGCACUUACUUGGAAAAGAACCUCGACUCCGAGCUUUCUGGCAAUAUUAUCGACCUUUGUCCAGUUGGAGCCCUCACAUCCAAGCCCUAUGCUUUUCGUGCUCGCCCCUGGGAACUGAAGCACACUGAAUCUAUCGACGUGCAUGAUGCUUUGGGUUCGAACAUAAGAAUAGAUACUAGAGGCAUGGAAGUUAUGCGGAUACUCCCGAGGCUGAACGACGAUAUCAACGAGGAAUGGAUUAACGACAAAUCUCGGUUUGCUUGUGAUGGUCUCAAGACCCAAAGGCUCACAACGCCUUUAAUCCGCCGAGAAGGAAAGUUUGUCCCCGCAACCUGGGAGCAGGCUUUGACUGAGAUUUCAUCGGCCUACCAACGCCUCCAGGUGGUAGAGAACGAGUUCAAGGCCGUUGCUGGGCAUCUUGUUGAUGCCGAGACCUUGGUAGCCAUGAAGGACUUGGCUAAUCGGCUGGGAUCGGACAAUCUUGCACUGGAUCAACCGGGCGGCAAUUCUCCAAUCGCUCACGGUGUUGACGUUCGCUCUAAUUAUCUUUUCAACUCUAAGAUCUACGGAAUUGAGGAGGCCGAUGCGAUUCUUCUGGUCGCCACGAAUCCCCGCCACGAAGCUUCCGUUCUCAACGCACGUAUUCGAAAGCAAUAUCUACGCUCUGAUCUUCAAGUUGGGCUUGUUGGCGAGGAAUUUGAGAGCACUUUCGAUCUCGAGCACCUUGGGGCUGAUGUUUCUGCUCUGAAGGCUGCUCUUUCUGGGGCGUUUGGAGAAAAGCUUUCUACUGCUAAACGGCCCAUGAUAAUUGUUGGCAGUGCUGCAGCGGAACAUCCAGAUGCCAAGGCGAUCUUUGAGUCGAUCGGCACUUUUGUAGAGAAACAUGCAAACAACUUCAAUACCCCGGAGUGGCAGGGUUACAACGUUCUGCAACGCGCAGCAUCACGCGCAGCUGCUUACGAAGUAGGCUUCACUACGCCAUCUCUGGAAGUCUCUAAGAGCAAGCCCAAGAUGGUUUGGCUUUUGGGUGCCGAUGAGGUUGCCCAGAGCGAAAUCCCUAGCGAUGCCUUCGUCAUCUAUCAAGGACAUCACGGUGAUCGAGGCGCUCAGCUCGCCGACGUGGUCCUGCCUGGCGCAGCGUACACUGAGAAAUCUGGAACAUACAUUAACACAGAGGGUCGUGUUCAGGUCACUCGAGCUGCAACUUCUUUGCCUGGUGCUGCGCGUGAUGAUUGGAAGAUUAUACGUGCUGCCAGCGAAUUCCUCAACAUACCUCUUCCCUACGAUGACAUUGAGGCAUUGCGCGAUCGUAUGGAAGAGGUCAGCCCUGUCAUGCGCCGAUAUGACGUGGUUGAGCCAACGUCCUUGGGUUCAUUGAGCAAGGUCCAGUUAGUUGAUCAGAACAAGGGUACCCAAAUGACCAAUUCUCCUUUCAAGAAAAUCAUUAAUGAUUUCUACUUUACUGACUCUAUUGCCCGGAGUUCUCCGACUAUGGCUCGCUGCUCCGCCGCUAAGGCUACCGGAAACCCGGAGACAAACUUCAUGGCAGCUGGAGAGACUUCUCCAAAGGCUUUGUAUGGCUAGAUAUAUCAAAUCUUUUCUCAUUCUUGGCCCGGUUUCUUCCUCUUUGUCUGGUGGUCUAGGCGUUGUCGUUGUAACACCUAAACAACUUCUCCCUUUCAUGCUUUUUGCUCUACUUCAGUUUAUCCAUAUUUGAGUACUGUGCUUUCGCUGCUCAUUUGUCUUAACCCUCGAUCAUGCCAAGAUAAACCUCAAAAACGCCAGCAGUGGUGAAAUCGCAUGUACAUAAGAAAUUCACAACGAUAUUCGAGGAAACGGUAGCUCCAGUGAACAUUUUUAGGCUUCCAAUCUGGGUAUUGUCUGUAUUUCUGUAAGUUGUACAUCGCAUGGUUGAGCCUAUCGAAGUAUCCAUGGAGAUCGAACAGCGACUGAGAAGCACA